CAGUCCAGAAACACGAUUCCCUCCGAGAAACGCUCCGGUCUCCCCGCAUCGCCUUGCAAACAAACCCUACAUUCCGGUAGCGGUCGCGAAGACGGCUCGCGCCUAGUUUAUACCCUCAUGGUCAACCAAAGGAACCCGGCCAGAGGCCCUUUGCGUCCGGUCGAUCCUAACGAGGAUUCGCAGUCCUCAACUAGUCACGAGCCUCCCAAGAUAAGCAGCACAAGCAAGGAACCUCGUGGCAUCUCUCAUGCACUUCCACGAGCUGGAAGUCGAGACACAAUUUCCUUUGACCCCGAAGCUCUUGCCGCUCAAGUCGAUGCCAUGCGCUUGUCUACCACACCCAAGUCGAAACCGCCCGCAGCGGUCCCCAACUCGUCUGCGAAGCGCAACGCGCCAGUCUAUCGCCCAUCGAGCCCUGACCUGAUCGAAAUAUCCCGCAAUGACUUUAAGCAACCACCCCGACCAGCUUCGAAAGAGAGCGAACCAAGCUCGCAACAAGAGCAGUCAAGGCUGCACUCCGAUGCUUUGGAGUUAUUCUUUUCGGAUGUCAAGCGUCACGACCCUUUCCAUCCCUCGUCCUCGCAGCCAGUCUUUGGCCAUCCUACCAAGAUCUUGUCUUCUCUUAAGCAAAAGGCUACAGGUAUAUUUAAUGAGCGAAGGUCGCGCCCGGAGCACCAUCGACCUCAGCAGAUGGCUGUGCCAUCUGUUCCCCUUUACCAAGAUAAGAAGCCUGAGCCACGCACCUUGUAUAGCUCCAUAGGCCCCGACGCCAACCCCUCGACUUACACAUACACCGGAAACUUUGGAGAAAACGAGUUCUACACAGACCCUGCGAAAGCAUCGGCCGAUCUGAAAGCUUUAUUGGAGGGUGGAAUGGAGUCAGAGGAGGAGGGGGCAGAUGAUGAGAAAGAGGAGGCCGUGAAUGACGGUACCGUGGAGGGUCUCAAAGUGAAGCUCCUGCCUCAUCAGGUCGAAGGCGUGGAGUGGAUGCGAGGCCGCGAACUUGGCCCGGUGAAGAAAGGCAAAGUACCCAAGGGUGGUAUUCUGGCAGACGACAUGGGUCUCGGCAAGACUCUUCAGACCAUUUCCCUGAUGCUCAGCAACCAAAAGCCCGAGAACGGCGAACCGGGCUGGAAGAAGCAUUUCGAUGGCAUCGAGAAGACAACGCUUGUGGUAGCGCCUCUGGCCCUGAUCAGGCAGUGGGAGUCGGAGAUUAAAGAGAAGGUGACCAAGUCGCACGGGCUCAAGGUCUGCGUUCACCAUGGACCUCAACGCACGAAGCGAUUCAAGGACCUGGCUUUGUACGAUGUCGUGGUCACAACCUACCAAGUCUUGGUGUCCGAAUGGGGUCACUCCACCGAAGAUGAGAAAGGUGUCAAAGCAGGCUGCUUCGGCCUCCACUGGUGGCGGGUCGUGCUCGAUGAGGCCCAUACCAUCAAGAACCGCAACGCCAAGUCGACGAAAUCCUGCUACGCCCUACGCUCAGAGUAUCGAUGGUGUCUUUCAGGAACUCCGAUGCAGAAUAAUUUGGAAGAGCUGCAGUCGCUUAUAAAAUUCCUCCGUAUCAAGCCUUACGAUGAUCUAAGGGAGUGGAAAGAGCAGAUCGAGAAGCCUCUCAAGAAUGGCAAGGGACAUGUGGCGAUUGGCCGGCUUCACAGCCUUCUGCGAUGCUUCAUGAAGCGCCGUACGAAGGAAAUUCUCAAGGAAGACGGUGCCCUCAAUCCUGGCGGCAAGCCGAUCAAAGCAGGCGAGAAGUCUACUACCGGCUUCAAGGUCACGGAGCGGAAGGUUCUCACAGUUGCCACAACUUUCUCCCCAGCGGAGCGUCGUUUCUACACCCGGCUGGAAGCUCGAGCCGACAAGAGCAUCGAGAGAAUGCUCCAGGGAAAGAUCAACUACGCUAAUGCCUUGGUUCUGCUUCUGCGGCUCAGACAAGCUUGUAACCAUCCAAAGCUGCUUGAAGGCAAGCUCGAAAAGGAUAGUGAUGCGUUGUCUACUGACGCGGCCCCGAAGACCGCACGAGGAGACAUUGAUUCUCUUGCUGAAAUGUUUGGCGGAAUGGGCAUAGUCACAAAGACAUGCGACAUCUGCGGUUAUGACCUACCGCGAAACGUAACCAAUAGCGGCAAGAACACCUGUCAGGAGUGUAACGACGACCUGACGUACUUCAACGAGCACGAGACGCCGAAUUCAAGGAAACAAAAGAAGCAGAAGGGCAUUAUCAAGAAGGUUGUGCGGAAGUCCUUGGCAGGAGAGGCUGAAGAUGCUGAAGAUGAAAGCCCGUAUAAGCCCAAAGCCAGGAGACCCAGGAACAGGAAUGUCGUCGUCGAUAGUGAUGACGAAGAGGCAGACGGUAGCUGGCUUGUGCCCGAGGAUCAGCAGGGCCAACUGCGGAUGGGCAAGGCUGGCGGUGAAGAGGACGAGAAUGCAGAGGGAGGUGGCGAUUGGAUUGACUCGGAUGAUUCCAAGCACGAUUCUGAAGACGAAGACGACGAGAGUCAGCUCGACAGCUUUGUCGUCAAGGAUAACGAAGUCAAGAACGAACAGGACAUUGAGCAUAGUUACGCCUCCGACGACAGCCUCCCUUCAAUAGGAGCGAUAGCGUCGCAAGUCAAGGAGGAGAAACUCAAAUCUUCGCAGUCCCCUGUUUCGGAUUCCGACGCUGACUCGGAAGACGACGACAUGGGCCAAGACGACGAUACGGGCAUAGAUCAGUCGGAGCUCUAUUCCGACAAAGACACCAACUACGACUCUACGGGCAUGGCAUCUCAGAUUCUGGCCUCCGCCAAAAUUCGCGGAAUGAUGAAGAUCCUUCACAAGGAAGUCCGCAAGCACAAGUUCAUCAUCUUCUCGCAAUUUACGUCCAUGAUGGACCUCGUCGAACCUUUCUUUCGCAAGGAGGGUUUCAAGUUUACUCGGUACGACGGCAGUAUGAAAAACGACGAGCGUGAGGCCAGCUUGCACCGUCUACGAAACGACAAGAACACGCGCAUCCUUCUCUGCAGUCUGAAAUGCGGUAGCUUGGGUCUCAACUUGACUGCAGCGACUCGCGUCAUUAUCCUGGAGCCCUUCUGGAACCCUUUUGUCGAGGAACAAGCCAUCGACCGAGUGCACCGUCUCACGCAAACUGUCGACGUCGUCGUCUACAAGCUCACCGUGGAGAAUACAGUCGAGGAGCGCAUCCUCGCGCUGCAGGAGAAGAAACGCCUGCUCGCCGAGACGGCCAUCGAGGGCGGCAUGAAAAAGGAUGCCUUCAAGCUCGGAUUCAAGGAGAUCAUGGACCUGUUCCGUCGCGAUGCCUCCGAUGCGCCCGGUCGUGGUGCCGAUGGCCCCGUCGACCCGUCCUCCCACGCCGCAUCGGCCAGAACGAGCAGGCAAGGGUCCCCCGAGUCCAGCUUGGUGGCAGGAAAGAAGAAGGCGCUAAGGAAGCCUGAGCACGAGAUGUUUGGCCGGCGAUGGUAA